AUGCGACCUUUCCUCCGCCCAUCAUGGCCCAAACGAAGUCCCAUCCUCGCAUGGCUCCCCAGGACUACUCCGCACCGCGUCUCGCACCGAAUCGCGACCACUUCUGCUCGCCAUGCCGCACCCGUUGAUGUCCCCAGCUUGGUAGUUUCGCCUGGCUCGAAACAUCACAACUCGCUUCCUUCUUUCCUCGAAUGGGCGGAACGUACCGGCAGAUCAUUGGCGUCGGCUGUGUCUGUCGGUACGCUGUAUGAAUACAUGUCUGCACUGGCGCUCAUGCGUCUAGGCUUCUCCCUCAUACGCGUAGGCCGUGGGGGAGAUGCGGGCAUAGAUUUGAUAGGCCAUUGGGUGCUGACGCCUCUAAGAGAACCCAUGCCUAUCAUCGUACAGUGCAAGUCACGCAAAAUCAGCUGCAACCCGGGCCACAUUCGCGAACUCGAAGGAUCGUUCCAAGGGAUACCACCAGCCUGGCGAAACAAGGAUGUUAUGGGCUUGUUGGUCACGACAAAGAAGGCGACGACGGGUGUCUUGAGGGCUCUAGGACAGAGUCAGUGGCCUAUGGGAUUUGUACUCGUUUCUCGGGAAGGAUUGAUCGAGCAAUUCGUCUGGAACCGGAUGGCAUCCGAAAAAGGACUAGAAGGAGUGGGUGUCACAUUGAGGCAUACUCCGCGGGCUCUACUGGUCGAGCCUGGGGAGGAAGUAGACGAGGACGAAAAGGUAUCAACGAAGAUCCGGGCCAAGUUCAAGAAUGCAGGGACCAUGAAAGAUAUCCAGCUGACCUGGAUGGGCUCGCCUAUCUUCCCAGACAGAGUCACUCUUGACCAGGAAACCGUCAAACUUAUCCGCCAGAUUACACCCAGUGAAGAG